UCCGUGUCCGGGGAACUGCCUCGGCUGAGGGACUGCUGGACACUCUGUGUCUGGCUGGUGUGGAGUGGUGUAAUGGUCUGUUGAUUCUCUUUCCACUUCUGCCCAUUCUCACCAGUCUUUCCUAUCAGGACCGGCUGGAUGGCCGUCAGGGCUCCCAACUGUCGCGUCCCCUGGGGCAUCAUAGAGAACGUAGUCCUCCAUUGGCUCAGUCUACCCUUUCCGAGUGUGGGUUAGAGCGCCUACGUCAUUUUCUGUCGCCUCGGGCUGGGUGGGGAGUGCCGCCACCAGAGGAGGACGCUGCUGGGUCGGGCAAACCUGGAGGGAGGCAAGAAACGUGUCGGGACCCGGAUUUGCAAGCUGAGGCUGGAAGGAAAGUGGAAGCUGCAGCCUGGUUCCGCUCCCGCUCCUCUUGGAGGGCGGCUGAGUCGGCGCCAGAGGGCUUUCGCGCCUUGAGCUGGGAAGAGCCUGAGGGAGGGGAGUAAGGCUCCUUUGCCGGCCUGAGGAGGAAGAGCAGUGUAGAGAAAAACCUUGGGUCACAAGCGUAGCUUGGACACGUAGCCUGCAGACACGUUCCCCGCUCCUCAGCUCGGAGUUGACGCAUCCACACCUCCAGGCUGCGCAUUAAAAUGGCUGGCUGUGCCACUACUCCUAACCCCAUGCAGACCCUUCAGGAGGAAGCGGUGUGUGCCAUCUGCCUGGAUUACUUCAAGGAUCCCGUUUCCAUAGGCUGUGGGCACAACUUCUGCCGAGGAUGUGUGACCCAACUGUGGGGCAAGGAAGAUGAGGAAGACAGGGACGGGGAAGAAGAUGGAUGGGAAGAAGACGAGGACGACGAUGUGGAGGGGGCCACCGGUGUAUGGGACAACUCUAUUCCAGAGGUUUUGUACCAGGGCAGUGCUGACGAGGUGUUCCAGGACCAAGAAGAUGAUGAACUCUGGGUUGGUGACGGUGGCGUCAGGAAUUGGGACAUGGACUAUGUGUGGAACCAGGAGGAAGAAGAGGAGGAAGAUCAGGACUAUUACCUGGGAAGCUUGAGACAUGACCUGAGAAUUGACGUCUACCCAGAAGAGGAGAUAUUGGAAGAAUACGAGGACGACGAAGAGCUGUAUCCUGACACCCACUUGCCUCCUCCUCCUCCACCUCCACCUCCCCCACCUCCUCCGCCCCCUCCACGUCAGUUCAUCUGUCCCCAGUGCCGAAAGAGCUUUAAGCGUCGCAGCUUUCGUCCCAACUUGCAGCUAGCCAACAUGGUCCAGAUAAUUCGCCAGAUGAGCCCCACUCCUUAUCGAGGAAGUCGGGGGAAUGAUCAGGGCAUCUGCUCCAAACACCAGGAAGCCCUGAAACUUUUUUGUGAAGUGGACAAAGAGGCUAUCUGUGUGGUGUGCCGAGAAUCCAGGACCCACAAACAACACAGCGUGGUGCCAAUGGAGGAGGUGGUGCAGGAGUACAAGAUUCUUGCUGAGCCUGGACCUCAUGAUUAGUCUUGGCAUGAAGAACGGAUCCACACUGUAGUCUAGACCAGCGUUUCUCAACCUCAGCACUAAUGACAUUUUGAAUAAGAGAAUUCUUUGCAGGUUGGGGCUGUCCUGUGCAUUAUAGGAUGCCUAGGAGCAUUCCCUGGACUCUACCCACCAGAUGUAAGUAGCACCCCUCCAUCAGCCGUGGCAACCACAAAUGUCUCCCAACAUUUCCAAAUGUCUUAUGGAGAGGGGUGACAGGAGCAAAAUCAUCCAUGGUUAAGAAUCAUUGGUCUAGACUCAGGGAAAGUGGUCAAAUCCACAGAUGUGCCAUUACCAGCUUUACUUAUGCCCUAUAGCCAGUGAUUGACAUAGGUGUUUAAAAGUGUUCAAUGGGGCACCAGGAUGACUCAGUCAGCAUCUGACAACGGCUCAGGUCAUGAUCUCAUGGUUUGUGAGUUUAAGCCCCAUAUCAGGCUGUCUGCUGUCAGCACAGAGCCUGUUUUGGAUCCUCUGUCCCCUGCUGUCUAUGCCCUUCCCCUGCUUGCUUGUGCUCUGUAAAAUUAAAUUUAAAUUAAUAUUAUCUUUUUAAAAAAAGUGUUCAAUGGAAAAAUAGCCCCACCUACCUAGAACCUUAUUAAACGGUCUUAGCAUCAGUGUAUUAAUUGAUAUGACCCCUACUUCUCCCAGCUCUUGGCAGGCAGGUGGCAAAGUCAGCAAACUUUAAAAAAAAAAAUUUUUUUUUAAUGUUUGUUUAUUUUUGACAGAGAGAGAGAGAGAGAGAGACAGAGCAUGAGUGGGGGAGAGGCAGAGAGAGAGGGAGACCCAGAAUUCGAAGCAGGCUCCAGGCUCUGAGCUGUCAGCACAGAGCCUAACACAGGGCCCGAACUCACAGAGUGCAAGAUCAUCAUGACCUGAGACGAAGUCGGAUGCUCAACCGACUGAGCCACUCAGGCACCCCAGCAAACUUUUUUUUUAAGCCAGAGCUGCAUAUGUCACUGCCAUUUGGGAGAGCAAGGCCUAUGACAGAUAAAGCAAUGUAUGAAAUCAAGAUCUAGAAAUGAUGAGUAAUAAAAGACAAUCACUUCAGCAAAUAUCAGUUUCAGCAGGGCUACAGGACAGUCAUUUUUUGUUUUGAUUUUUAAGUAUUAUGCAGAAUUUACAAAACCAGAGCCUGCCUGCUCCUGGUGGAGUGGAGUGGCCCUGCUUUAAUAAGUAUAACGUCAACCCCUAAAGCACUUCCUUAAAACCUGAGUCUCCUCUACUAGCCACCAACCUCUGGCCCCUAUGCCAUGCCUCCAGAAAUCUUUAUAGGACCUACAGAUUCUAUGCUAUGUCCCACCCCCAACUCCUGACCCCCUCUGAAAGUUAAUCCUGGAACAAUGAAAGUUAUUACAAAUAUUUAUUGACUGAUAAAAGAUUACAAAAAGGGGGACACAAGACAUUAGGCUGUUAUACCAGGUCUGAAAGGACUUUGCAACAAUGGAAGUAUUCUAAAUCUAUGCUAUUUGAUAUAGUAGCUACAUAUGACUUAAGCUCUUGAAAUGUGUCUAGUGCAACUCAGGAACUGAAUUUUUAAUUGUAUUUAAUUUUAAUUAAUUUGAAAUAGCCACUAGUGGCUAUCAAGUUAUAUUGAAUUGUAUAGUUCCAUAGAAAGAAGGCACGUUGAAUUCUGGUCCUUCCUAGGACUCAGGAAUAGAGGCAAGUCCAAAGGAAAGAUGAAAAAGAAAUGAGACAACUUUCUUUUCCCCAUCAGAAGAGGCAGGCUCAAAGGUGAUAUUUUUUGGCACAGAAGCAAAUACAUAAAAGAAAGUGGCUCAGUCAGUUGAGCAUCCGACUUUGGCUCUGGUCAUGGUCUUUCAGUUUGUGAGUUCGAGCCCCACAUCAGGCUCUGUGCCGACAGCUCAGAGCCUGGAGCCUGCUUCAGAUUCUGUGUCUCCCUCUCUCUCUCUACCCCUCCCCUGCUCACGCUCUGUCUUUCUCUCUCAAAAAUAAAUAACAUUAAAAUAAAUAAAUAAAGGCCUUCUUACAUUUUUUUUUAAAAAUCUGACUAAAACAGCCUUGAACAGUUCCACUUGUGAUUCAUGUGGAUCACAUGUGAGAAAUGUGAUAAGGAACUCUAAUGGGAAGGCAGCUAAAAAAGAAACUGCAUUACCCUCUUUCCCAAAAAAGCCAAAGCUGGGGCCUCAAAAUAGGAGGGGAAAGAAGUAUAAAUAAGGUUUUAUUUGGUGCCUGACUUUUUGAAAGUGGGAUGUGGGGCAAAACCUAGCAUUAAAGUAGGUAAGUGGGUUCUUCCCUUUUUCCUCUCACACCUAAAUCCUGACAGAGAGUGGUAAGGAGAUCAUGGAGUCCUAGAAGGGAAAGCAGUUUGUGCUGGCAGUGCUAAAUAAGAAAAGAGGAAGUGAGCGGUUUUAGGAAUAACAGGGCUGAAAAGGAGGAGAGCUAAAAGUGGUGACAAAUUUAACUUUUAAUUAUAUAGUCUUUGCCCACAAACCAGAGUCCUCAGAGGUAUAAUAUGAGAACCCCAGGCAUAGGGAAAUAGCUCAUCUUACAAUGUGAGAAGUGUAGGAGCUGUGACAGGAGACCAGCAAAGAAGGAAGGAAAUGGGCCGCUAAGUUACUACUCUUCUCCCCACUUCUAUCCCUUCCAAAGAAGCAGGAAAAUGGAUACCUCAGAGAUUUGAGCUAGAAAUAGCCUUAAAGAAUAGGUCUUAUUCUUCCAUAGCUACUGAGGCUUAUUCUUCCAUAGCUACUGAGGAUCAUGCUUAGGCCUUCCCAGUCUUUUACCCCAUCCUAAAGGACUCAGCAGAGUUGGUCAGAGACUUCUCAUUGACUAUUCCACCUGGUAUGAAGCAGGGCCCCACAAAGAUGAAGGACCCAGGUCACCUGGAAGAAGACCCCUAGGGGUCCUGCCCCUUUUUGUCUGCCAUUUCCUAAUCAGAUAGAAUCCUCUGUCUACCCUGUCCAGCAAAGGAUGGAAUUUCUCAGCAAGCUCUGGCUAUUUAAUCCAAGUGUGAGUAGAAAGAACUGUUUUCUCUUCAGCCCUCUUACAGUGUGGUAAGCUAGCCAGUCUUAAGGUUCCAUUUUAACAUACCUUCCCAACCCUAGUUCAUAUGAAAUUGUCUUCUUCCAGGAGAAAGCUGAAAAAAGGCACCUUGGGUCAUCUUUUGUUUCUUCCUACCACCUAAUGUUGUUUUAAAUCCUUUAACAAGCCAGAGGUUUGCCUUCUCCUAGCAUGUCUUAUAAUUCUACCUGGCCUGUAGUCACCUGCCUGGACCACACCCACUUCCACAGCCUCUCGCUGUACAUCUGCUGAAGUACCUAGGGCCUGGAGAACCCACAGUCCAUCUCCCAGGGAAAACCCAACAGAAUGCCUUAGCAGCUUUCACUAUUAGACUUCAGACUUCUGCCUAAGAUGGGCAAUGAAUAUUUAUCCAGAGACAUAAGUAAAUGAUAUGUGAUUUUUUGCAAGAUCUGUUCCUGGCUUUGACUUAAUAACAUAUCCCUGCCUCUCACCAGGAAGAAAGCAAUAGAACCUACAGUAAGAACAGAACUUCCCAUGUUUCUUUCUAAUCUUUUUCAGCUUAAUUCUUUAGGCCUCAAUCAUGAAUUAGUUUCUAUAAUCAGAGCCCAAUUCUAGAUACUGGAGUGAAGAAGGUGGGGUAGGGAGGAGACAGAUGGAUUAGACAUGUUGAAUCCCUCAUCAUAAGGCCAUUGGUAAGUCCUCACUCAGUCUCUCCUUUCAUAGGACUCUCAUGACCCUCCUACAAACCCCCUUGUCUGACUUCUGAACUCUUGUCGUUUCUAGUCUUCCUUCAACCUUCAAACUACCCUCCAUUCUGAGACCAAACACUUUACAACAAAAUUAAGUCUAGGCAGGAGAGGGAUGAGAUAAUCCUAAAGAGAAAGACCUAGGCCUCAAGACAAAUCCAGAUUCCUUAGUAGUCAACUCCUUCCUGAUAGAGGCUCUCUGGCCACCUUGGGUUUCACUCUCUCCUACCUUCCCAUUUGAAACUAUCCCUCUAAAACUUCUGCAUGCAAACUACUCUAACCCCUCCCAAUGGUGAUCCUCUGCCUGGAACACCUUUUAACUACUUGCCCUUAACUACUUAGCCUGUGAGGCUAGUUACCAAGAUUGGAAUCUUCUACAACCAAACCCUCUACCAGCAAAUGCAGCAUUUGAGCCCAAACAGACCAGUCCCUGACCUCAGGGCACUGAGAAAAUCCCUGAGGGAUUCAAAUAAGGGGAAACUGAGCUAAGGGCUAUGCAGGCCCAGCACACCAUCACUAUGAGGGUAUGAAACCAGAAGCCUAACUUAGACUUGAGGGUCACAGAGGGUUUCUCUGGGGUGGCAACCUGAGUUGAGACCUGAAGGAAGCUUAGAUUAAGAAAAGUGGGGGUGAGGGGUGCCUGGGUGGCUCCGUCGGUUAAGCAUCCAACUUCAACUCAGUUAAUGAUUUGUGGUUGGUGAGUUCGAGCCCCCUGUUGGGCUCUGUGCUGACAGCUUGGAGCCUGGAGCCUGCUUCAGAUUCUGUGUUUCUCUUUCUCUCUGCCCCUCCCCUGCCCACAGUUUGUCUCUCUCUCCCUCAAAAAUGAAUAAACAUUAAAAAAACAAAGAAAAGAACAGUGGAGGUGGAAUAUGGUGGGCCUUCCCGGCAGAACAAGGUGUGUGUUCUGUGGAGGAGAGAACUGAUAGUUGGGAGGAGCAGGGGAGAGCCAGUGUACCCACAAAAGGAGUAUGGGCCAGGGGUACCUGGGUGGCUUAGUCAGUUGAGUGUCCGACUUCAGCCCAGGUCAUGAUCCCACGGUUUGUGGGUUCAAGCCCCGCAUCAGGCUCUGUGCUGACAGCUUGGGGCCUGGAGCCUGCUUUGGAUUCUGUGUCUCCCUCUCUCUCUGCCCCUCCCGCACUCUAUCUCUCUGUCUCCCAAAAAUAAAUAAACAUUAAAAAUUAAAAAAAAAAAAAAAAAAAAAGUAAGUAUGGGCCAGAGCCAACCACACUGAAACUGCCAAGAAACAGUAGAAUGAAGGGAAGUCACCCGCUUUAGCUGGCAGGGGGCCCUCUGGUCUUGGCCACAUCCUUUUCCCUCAGCCCUUCACCUAUCACCCACAAUAGUCAUCACCACCACAUUCAAGGGAAGACCUGUCUCACCUCCUGAAUGCUGACAGGAGGGAAUAGAGGUCUGUUCCUAAAAGAGAGGCUAUGGACCUCUAGCAGGGAAACCAGAGGGGCUUCUCCCAGCUGUAUGAGUCUUAGGAAUUCCCAGCAGAAAAGACAGACUUCCUUAAAAGAGCAUCUCCAAUUUCUCCCUUAGGAUGCUUACCUUGUGUGGGAAUGGAAGUGGUGCCAGUGAGGAUGUGGGAGACAAGGGAGCAGCCCAGGGACUGGGACUAGAAGUGGGUGGGGAACCCUCCAGGAGGGGCAGCCUGAGGAGCAGAAAGAAGGCUCUGCAGAGAAAUUCUCCCAAAGGCCAGGCGGGGCCCUCCAGCAGGCUUCCACCUCCUAGAGGCCAGAUCAAAGACAUCUGGAAUGAAAAGGCCGGCCACAAUAGACCCGUUGUGGGAACUGUGCAUCCUGUAGCCAAGGGGAGUCAUCCCACUGGAAGGGGCAGGGCUUGAGGUGUGAGGAGUCCAGGUGAACCCAUAUGCCUAACUGGGAACCAUGGGGACCCAGAGGGAAGCAGGUGUGUAUGGGGCUCAACUCCAGCUGGGGCUGAGAAGGAAAGGCUGCCGCUGCACCCUCCUUCCUGCCCCUCGCUACACCCAGAAUCGGGGCCAUGCCUCCCUAGGUUCAGGAAUGCUCUUCAAUGACUUUGUGGCUUGCCGGGAGGCCAGGCAGUAACUGGAGGAAAACUCCGAGGGGGAAAGCCCAAAACCUGUAAUCUGGUCGUCCGGGGAAGUCCACUACAUUCCAUUUCUCCUUCUCCUCUGGCAUUGCCAGACGGGUACUAAUAGGCUCCAGAAGAAAACGCGAAUUACCCUCCCCCCUUGGCCGCAUAGGAUGGGGCGCUAACACAAUCCUCUUACAGAGCAAGGAGCUGGUGUACGAAGAGGCCCACGGAAUUAUGGGAAGUCAAGGGCACUUCCAGAAAUUUCGAGCUCGGUAGGCGGCAGGGAGGACUCCGUGAAGGGGCCAGCCAAAGAUGGGACUGGGGGAGGGCGGGGCUAGCCUGGGAACCGCCCUCUUCUGGAAAGGAACUGAGAGAUGCCUAGAAACGUCGUCCUUGAGUAAGACCUGGGAGGCUCGUUUUAAACCUGCACCCUUGGCCCUGCCUCAGGGAUGCUGAUUCCACAGCGGCUCCCUGGCAAAAUUCAAGAAAACUGAGAGCCAAAUGGUAUUUCUCCAGGCGGGUAAACAUAAAGUGACUGAGCAAUGAUCUCUUUAGGGAGUGGAGAUAGGAGACGAAGAACUCGUGUUCUUGAACUGAGGAAAUCCUCUGCAUAUACAGGUCAACAGCCAGGGGAGUGCUUGCGCUGAGCAUCUCUACUAGAUGAUGCGUGGAAUCUCUCACCUCUCCAUUUGUGCCAAGUGCCCAGGGCACUUGGCAUGACCCCAGUUAUGAACAGCAAGCUGGAUAUUGGUGUGGGUGAAGGUAAGAGUCUCCCACGACCAGAGGAGAAACAAAAUACAUGGGUCGAAGUCGAGUUGGACUAUAUUGUUGGAAAAGCAAGAAGACAGCUAAUUGGGGGUGCUAUGGUGGUGGGUGACAUACAUGACUGGGACCCUUGAAGCACAGUCAGGACAGCGUCCUGAAGAGCCAUGAUUCUUCCCCAAGCCUGCUGGCCCUCUUGUCAAUUGCCCCUUACCUCCAUCUCAGGGUUUGAGUUUCAGCACCUGCAACAAUCCAGUUCAAGACUUUUGCACUGACUGUCUCUCCACUACAUCUCCUCCCACAUACUUUCCAUUAUUGGAACAUUAACUUUCCAUAUAGCCACAGGGCUGUAUCCUACUUCUCCUUCCUCUCUGCUCCAAUCUCUCUCUCAAUCUCCGUUCCACUCACCCCAUCAAAUGUAAACCAAAAAAAAAAAAAAAACAAAAAAAAACAGGUCCAGGUCCCCACCAUCUUAGCUCACAGGUGUAUUCCCCCAAGACCUAAAACAGGAACUGGUACCAAAGAAAUGCUAAGUUUGCCUGCAUUUACUCUGCCAGGCACCAUUCUGGGCGGCUUUACAUUUAUUGACUGAUUGAUUGAUUGAUAGAUAGAUAGAGAUAGAGCACAAGCAGGGGAGGGGCAGAGAGAGGACAGAAUCCCAAGCUGGCUCCGUGCUCUCUGCGCAAAGCUGGACACGGGGUUCGAACUCACUAACUGUGAGAUCAUGACCUGGGCCAAAAUCCAGAAUCGGUCGAUUAACUGACUGAGCCACCAAGGCGUCCCUGGGUGCUUUACCUAACUCACUUACUCUCCUCAACACCGUUUUAGGUUGAUACUAUUGUUUCCAACUUCAUUUUACAGAUGUGAAACUAAAAAUAAUACACAUUACAAACAAAAUAAUUAUGUAUAAUCCCCCCUUAUUUUGCAUAAAUGAUAGUCACUGCUAUCAUCCUGAUCUGUGCAACCCCCCCUCCCCCAUUUAAAAAAUAUUUGAGGGGCACCUGGGUGGCUCAGUCAGUUAAGCAUCUGAAUCUGGAUUUUGAUUCAGGUCAUGAUCUCAGGAUUAGUGAGUUCGAUCCCAGUGUCCAGCGUUCUGCCGGGAGCAUGGAGCCUGCCUGAAUAUUCUCUCUCCUUCUCUCUCUGCCCCCACCCCCGUUCAUGUGCACCUC